UAUAAAAAUAUAGUGAUAGAGCAUGGGCCCUGGAGACUUCAGAAAUGUGAUUCCCAGCUCUGCCAGAUGCUGUGCCUCAGUUUCUUCUAUAAAAUGGGAGAAUUAAGGCUGUAAAAGGGGGAUGGUGACAUUUUCUGUCUUUCAGGGCAGUUGUGGGGGCUGAGAUGGUGCAGGUAAAUUGUUCAGAGGAAGCCUAACUCAUACUAAGGUCUCAUAAGUGUGUGCUAGGAUUAUCAUUAGCUAAGGAGGGUUGCUUGUUGGAGGAAGACAUUUCUUGGUUGGUUCUGCGUCUCUUCUCUUGGGAGUUCCCACGGGCCAGUCAACUUGGAGAAGUCCUGUGCUUCCACCUCAUGCCACCUACAACACAGAUUAAGGGAAGACCUGUAAGACUUAGCCCUGGAUGCUCUCUGAAGUCAGUUAGAGUGAAACGUGCAUGAAAUUGCAAUUCGUACCAGCUAUUUGCAACUGAGUAGCUGCCCUUUGAGGAGUUGCUCUUCUGUGCUUGAUUUUGAAGAGAGAACUAUGCCAUUUUUGGGUCAGGACUGGAGAUCUCCUGGAUGGAGCUGGAUUAAGACAGAAGAUGGCUGGAAGAGAUGUGAAUCCUGGAGUCGGGACCUGGAAAGAGAGACUAACCCUCGUACUAUCAGUCACAGCAUUAUCUUAAAUAGUGACGAUGAAGAAAUAUUCAGUAAUGAAGAGCAGGAAUACACAUCCAAAAAGAGGAAAAAGGAUCAUUUUAGAAAUGAUACAGAUACUCAAUGUUUUUAUCGUGAGAAAUGGAUCUAUGUCCAUAAAGAAAGCACAAGAGAAAGGCACGGCUAUUGUACUUUGGGAGAGGCUUUUAAUCGCUUAGACUUCUCAAGUGCAAUUCAGGAUAUUCGAAGGUUCACCUACGUGGUCAAACUCCUGCAGCUAAUUGCGAAAUCCCAGUUAACGUCGCUGAGCGGCGUGGCGCAGAAGAACUACUUCAACGUUUUGGACAAAAUUGUCCGGAAGGUCCUCGACGACCACCAGAACCCCCGCCUCAUCAAGGACCUCCUGCAGGACCUGAGCUCCACCCUGUGCAUCCUCAUCCGGGGCGUUGGGAAGUCCGUGCUGGUGGGAAACAUCAACAUCUGGAUCUGCCGUCUGGAGACCAUCCUCCACUGGCAGCAGCAGCUGCAGAACCUGCAGGUCACUAAGCAGGUGAACGACGGCCUCACGCUCAGUGACCUCCCUUUGCACAUGCUCAACAACAUCCUGUACAGACUCUCCGAUGGCUGGGACAUCGUCACACUUGGCCAGGUGACCCCGACGCUGUCCAUGCUCAGCGAGGACAGGCGUCUGUGGAAGAAACUCUGUCAGUACCACUUUGCUGAGAAGCAGACAUCUGAUCCUGUCGGAGAAGGGCCACGUGGAGUGGAAGCUGAUGUACUUCGCGCUCCAGAAGCACUACCCGCCCCGGGAGCAGUACGGGGACACCCUACACUUCUGCCGUCACUGCAGCAUCCUCUUCUGGAAGGACUCGGGGCACCCCUGCACCGCCACCGAUCCCGACAGUUGCUUCAUGCCCGUGUCACCACAGCACUUCAUCGACCUGUUCAAGUUCUGAAGGCGCCCCGCCCGCCACCCGCCCUCCCAGUGGAAGGGGUUCGCCGCGCUGUGCCGUCUCCAAGGAGUGACACGAACACGGACAACGCACCUCCCCGCUCCCCACCUGGACACGGCAGGGGUGUUGGUUUGUUGUGAAAGCGGUUGGGGAACCCAAGUAAAAUCGUUCCUGCUUUCUCUAAAAAAAUCUUCUUUAUCUAAGGCCAUUAAGGUUUGCAACUUUGUGUGUUUAUAAAUAUGGUUCAGUAAGAUUCUGGAUUUUUAGCACCACGUCUGUGCCAAACUGACACUAACAGCUAAUACUGUGCUUAAUUGUCAAAUCAUAGCUUCCUGAUUUUGUAGUAAUUAGGGGCAGGGGACAGAACAGUUGAUCCUUGUAAAUACGGGGUGCAGAAUAUUUAUUUUUCUUAAUAUGUAUCUUAACUGCAUUGGUUGUGUCCAAGUGAGUCCUCGUCAAAUGCGAAGUGCGCCGGGGGCAGCGUGUGGUACCAUUGUGUCCGUGGUCAGUCUGUGGCCAGCCACGGUGUGGGUGGUGGGACCGCCCAGUGCAGCCUCCCCUUCACUGUCCUGGAAGUGCUUUCCUAGACAAAGUAAUAAAUCAUCUUUAUCGACUCAUUUGACUUCAUCGAUUUUGCAUCUUCCUGAAAAAGUAGUGUCUGUGGUUUUGAUAUCGUUGAUUUAAUCCUUUAAAAGAUUGUUUUAUUUUUUAAAAUAAUGCAUGUCUAUUUUAGAUGAUUUUGAAAAUAAAGGUGUUAUGAAAUAUACAA